GAGAGGUUCAUUCGUCUCGUGGCGUUGCCGCGCUCUAAUACGUCAGUCUAUGUUUGCCCGGCCGUCAGCGAAGGCGACGUCCGACGUAACGCGGUCUAACGCGGGUGAACGGCGAAAACAACGUGUUUCGCAGUGUCACCGAGGAGAACGAGCGUGUCAGAUCGCGAGCGAGCUCACCUCAGGCGAUAUUCAACCGUCGCGGCCGCGUUACGCUACCAAGGAAGCAAGUGUGACACAGUAGUGAUGAAACUGGAUUUUUAAACUGGACUUUUAAUUCCCGCGACAAGAGGGGCCUCGUCACGUCGUUAUUUCAGUUCCUGAUUAGACGCUCGUUGACGGAUCGAGCACUGAUCGAUAACCCGAGAGCGAGCGCAGAAACGAGUCGUGUUCCCCGCGCUCGAGUGAAAUCUUCCGGACGCGCGGAAACUCGCGCGCGGACGGCUCGUCGGAAUUUCGCGAGUUCCUCGCACGCUCUUAUCGAUAUUAUCGCACUUUCACGGUUACACGUGCUCGUGCAGACUCCUCGCCGAGUUCCCCCGCCGGCGCUCUCAUUGAUAUUCGGCGUGCCGCGCUGCCUCUGGAGGACUCGCAUUAUCAACGGUAGUCGUCAUCGAAGACAUUUGACGGGAAGUGGUCGAAACGACGACGAAGGAAAGUCUCUCGGCGCGAGUUUCACGUUCAACAACCUCGGGCUCGACUCGGAGAAAACCGCCGAGCGGCGGUUCGGCGCAAACUGAAAAGAAGUGCCUCGUCUCCGGCGGGCGCGGGUCGAUGACACCUGGACGACCGAUUUAAAAUUAUGUUAUCCAUUUGUUGAACAAACACGCGCCAGAACACCGACCGAAGGGGAGAGAGUGCGGUGGAGUGUGUGAAUAAAAAUUCCACAUGAGGUCGACGGAAUAAAGCUUAAUAGGCUUAUCGCUAUCCAAUUCGGAAGGAGUCAAGAUGAUAACCGUGCCGAUAUCAAGCUCCAGUCCUUACGUGAAGGCCACGUCCUACAGCGACGCCAGCGAGAUCGCCAAGACGUCCUUGUUUUCCGGAAGUAUGAGGGAACAUUCGGCAGCCCAGCGGAUGGAGAGAGAUAAGGACUUGCCGCAACGCUCGCAAAGCAGUGCGGCCAGCUUAACGUCUAUACAUGUCGAUUUAUCUCCCAAUUCUUCUCAAUUCUUCGAGGUGUUCUACGUUGGCAAAAUUAAAUUAUCACUCCCGAAAGUACCGGAAUCAUUCAUCGAUGAUACCCUGAUAAGGUUUCGCGUUCACGAACUCGAGAAGUCGAGAUCAUCGACGGGUAAUCUCCUGUCGGACUGUCAACGGUUGAAACGCCAAGCUCUGACGUCUUCCAUUAAUAGAAGGAACAGCACGGAAUCCACCGCCAGCGAAUCAGGCAGUAUCGAGAACGUGUCAGGAAACAGUAUAAUUCCAUGCGUGAAUCCGCUUGGAGUUUCGCCAGUUCUGAGCGGCUCCGCGGAAACUUUUCCAAGAACAAACGCCAGCCCCGUGGAAAACGACGGCCGCAGUGAGAAUCGGACGUCCGAGUCUUCCUCUAAUUCUAACAUCAAUGUACCUGAAAUCAUGCGAAAUCGCGCGGCGUCUACCGGCAGUGUUUUAACUACCGGCAGGAGGGAUUCCGCCUCAAAGCCCAACGAUAACAAUCGCGCUAUGCUCUUUCAGGUAGGACGAUGCGAUCUGAUAUUGAUUAGCUUGAGCACAAAACAGCCAGUUCUGAAGAAACCAUUGAAGGACGUAGUGAACUGCGUGCAAGGCGUAAAAAAUCCUGAUCACUUUGGAUUUAUUUGCAAGGAAUCGGACUGCUUCAUCGGACAUAUCUUCAAAUGCGAAUCCAUAUCGGUCACGGAUGAUCUUGUCGCAGCAAUCAUUCGAGCCCCCGCUGGGGUUUGCGAUGUCACGAGGAAAGGAAGGUAUCCUGUCGUUUCUUGCGAACACUGUCCUAUGUACUGGUACAACAAACUGAAUCAAGAGAUCAAAGGGCAAACCGACAGGAAGGUGCAAAAUAUCAUAUUUUCGCGUAUGGAAUUGUUACCGGAGGACGAGCAGGAGAUCGUUGUGAACAAGUUUAAGGGCGCCGAGGCGGCGGGGAACGUCGGUGCGAGCUCCUCGAAUCUCCAAGAACAAAAUCAAUUCCUAAUGCGACUGUUGCGUGCUCAUUGCGAGGCAAAACAAGCCAGACACGUGCACGACACGGCUGAGAACAGGAGUGAAUUCCUCAAUCACUAUCUGAGCGUCGGUGUGGGCAGCACGAUGUUCAAGAAGGCGCGUUCUCUCGCGAAUAGCUUCGACAACUUCAUGAAGAGGAAAGGUUCCCGCGACGAUUUCAGCUUGGGUGCUCAUCUGAGGGACGCGAGCCAUCUCGGGAUGCAAAAGAACGACAACCACAGUCCGGACAACUCACGACAGUCGCCUGUACUGGGCGCCUCGCCGGAAAUAGGCAGACGAAAAUCGCUGCGCAUCUCUCCCGAACAAAUGGUUGUAAAGAACGGAUCGAAGAAUUCCAUGAUGGACAUCUUCUUCAAAGUCGGCAACUCGCCGAAAACGUCCCCCACGGAGACUGACGGAGGCACGAUAUCGAGCAACAAUUCAUGGCGGCAAACGAUACUCAACAAAGUUGUCACGCCGAACAAGGCUUACAGCAUCAAAGAGAUGGAGAAAGUUGGGAUCGCUGAAAGCUCGGGGAUGCCUGUUAAACGCAAGAAGCAAGAAUUGCGGGACCUGUGGAAGAAAGCGAUCAAUCAGCAGCUGAUGCUGAUCAGAAUGGAGAAAGAGAACGCAAAGCUUAGCGAACGUCAAGAGGAAGCAACGGUAAAGAGAAACAAAUUGGAGUACGACGAGCUCAGCAGCUGCGUCCAUCCGGUAGAAAUAUGGGACCUCUGUGUGAACAAAGAGUCGCGUAUUUCUACGAAGUGUGAUAAUCAAAUGCUUCUGCACGCUAUCAAGCAAGGUGUACCGAAAGGGAAGAGAGGUGAGGUUUGGUAUUUCCUAGCCGAGCAAUUCUGCUUGAAGCAGCCGCCUAUGGAUACGCAAGAUUUUCCAUAUUACAACACGCCCUACAAGUCGCUCGUGAAGCAACUUACACCCUAUGAUCAUGCCAUUUCGAUCGAUCUGGAAAGGACAUUCCCGGGCCAUCCGUACUUCAGUUCACCCAUGGAAGACACUAACCGUCCACCGGGACAGUUGGAGUUGUUCAACCUGUUGAAGGCCUACUCCUUGUUGGAUUGCGAGGUCGGCUAUUGCCAAGGCCUGAACUUUGUCGCUGGGGUGCUCCUCCUGCAUAUGCCCGAGGACCAGGCGUUCUUCUUGUUGCGGCAUCUGAUGUUCCGCCGGGGACUCCGAAAACUGUAUCUGCCAGACAUGUCAGCGUUACAACUGCAUCUGUAUCAACUUUCUAGACUGCUACACGACCGAUUACCGACCGUCUACAAUUAUUUCGAGAAACACGAUGUUUCGCCCACUUUGUACGCCACUCCGUGGUUUUUAACCCUAUUCGCCAGCCAGUUUCCUCUGGGUUUCGUGACUCGAGUUUUCGAUCUGCUUUUCCUGGAGAGCUCCGAGGUUCUCUUUCGCGUGUCGGUUGCGUUAUUAGAGGAACAUCAAGAUCAAUUGUUAACUCGCAAUAGCUUCGAAGGAAUAAUGGAAUAUUUCAAGACGAAUAUACCAGCGGUGGAUAAACAAAUCUUAGAUCGCGUGAUGAAGCGCGUGUUUUAUCCCGAUUCAGAGAUUACGAAGCAAUUGAACGAGUACAAGGUGGAGUACCGAGUACUUCAGGAGGAGAUGUUCUGGAUGAAACCGAAAAUGGAGAAACUGGAGAAGUUCACAAUAAUAAACCAACAACUCACGCAGGAAGUUGCACAGCUUAGAGAACAAUUCGAGAUCAGUCUGAGUAAUUUGCAGGUAAUGGAAACGGCACGUACGAUACAGCAAUCCGUGGCCCACAAGCUCGAGUCGCAGAAUCGCAGUUUCGAAGUGACGAUAACGACGUUAGGUGCGUUCAUUCAGCAAUUAAUAGACACGCGUGCGGACAUCGACGUGCCGGGCGAUGUUCGCAGGAUAAUCACGCAAUUGAGCAUGGUGGAGAAACGACGUAGCGUGGGGAUCAAAUCGCAUCCCCUGAAAUUGAUCGAGGACAACAACAAGUACAAAAUGAUAAAGAGUAACUCGACCGGGAGGGAGUCACAGAAUCUCUUGAGGAGCAACAGCAUGGCCGACCCACCGUAUCCCUUGAAGUCGACUCUGAGUCAGCCCAAUCUGGCGACGAAGUCCGAGAAGAGCUCGUCGUUCUUCUCGAACUCGCACAAUCACAUACAGAAGCAACGCGCGCAACUAGCCGCCCUCAGGAACGAAUACUCGGAGCAAGCGAUGAGAGGCAACAACGACGAGAACGAUCCGAAAUCUGUCAACAUCGACAUUCAAAUUACGGACACCAUGAAUCUGGCCAAUAAUCCGGUUCCUCAGAACGAGAGCAACCUGAAGGUUUCCACGACCAAUUUAGAGAAGUCGAUAUCGCUACCACUGAAGUCCAAGCUGAAAGUAUCGAAGUCUGCGUACGAAUUAGGAUCCGUGAAGAAGGUGCCCACCAGCAAGCUGGAAGUCACCGGCAACGACUCGCUGACGACAGGAACCGUACAUCCGCUGGACACCUGCAGCGACGUGAAUUUCCGAUACGGCGGAACCACCAAGCUGAAGUCCAUCAAACCCGUCCGAUUAGCGUCUAGCCUGAACAUUCAGGAGGAUGGCGGCAACAAGCAAAAAGCCGACCAGCACUCCGACACUUGGACCAGAUAACAGUUACUCUUAAAAACGCCUUCGAGGAGCGUACUGUCGAAGAAAGGGAUCUUCAUAAAAAAUAUACACCUGAAGCGAUAUUGGUGAUGAGUAGGUCGUGAGAUAUUGCGUAUAUGCGGUAUAUAUAUACUCGAUCACUUGCAUCUACAUUUUUGCCGAGCGAGCAGGUUUCGGAGCGUACUUCAUUUUAGUCGUACAGGAUCGUAGAGAGAAGUGAUUCUUCUUAAUUCGCAGCGAAGCGUUUUACAACUGUUACAACUUGCAAAAGUAAGACACACACACAUGCGCGUCUAUUGCAUUGAGGUAACAGUAUGCAUUGUAAGUCACACGCGCGAGUGAUGGGAGGAAUGAUCGAUAGGAAAUCCGCUCAUUUUUGUUUUUCUUCAGACGAAAGUUCAAGCGAAAACAUGUAAAGGUACACACAUCGAGAACAUAUUUAUAUCCAGAAAAAAUGAGACAGAUAUCAAAAUAAGACGUUAGAAACGUAUGCAAGCAGUUUCAGAUUGCCAAAGGAAGUGCCAAACUUUCUCAAUGUGAGAAUACACACAUUUUAUAGUAGGAUGAAAAGCGAGUUUAAUUACAUACAAAGAGACAUACGUAUGUAUAUAAAUGUAUACUGCGUAUAUAAAGGCGGUCAUGUCGUUUAAAGAAGAGAUGCAUAUUUAUAAAAGCCAUUAAUAUAUAUACGUAUAGGCUGCUAUGCACUGUAAGAUUCAAAGAAUUAAGUAUUACUAUUUUUGCACAAAACGAGCCUUGUGAUAUCAGGGGUAUACUUAACAGUACUCACUGUAUAGUGAAGAAGAGUUUUACCAUUCGCUGAUAUGCGAGAGUAGCAUUAGCACAUCUAACAUCCAUAUCAAGUGUGUUUGAGAAACUUAGCGAAUAGAAAAUUACACAGUUCCCAUAAACGUAUUUAGAACUGAUGAUAUCUUGACGAAUACUUACUGAGUAGAAAGAUAGUCGUGAAAAUGGUAAAAUUAUAUUUUAUAGCGCAUUCUCGAAUAUAUCUAUAAAAAAAAAAAAAAUAUAUAUAUAUAUA